CUACCGCGCGCUGGAGCUGAUAAAUAACAGAAAAAUCAGCGAUUGCCUCGUCCUCGUAGCGAUCUCCUUCCCGUCGUCCCUUCUCCGUCGCCUCCUCGCCUCCCAUCAAUCCCUGAUGAGCGCAGUCCCCUCCCUAUAAAUACAAGCUCCAUUCCUCCUCCUCCUCCUCCAUUGCUUCGUUCUCAUCACUGCACAAGCUCGGCGCGCCAUAGCCAAUCUCUAUCCGAUCCUAGAGCUAAGCUAGCUUGUUGCGUGACUCGAUUCAUCCGAUCCCACUGUGAACUUGAGCAGGGCAGACACCACUUAUCUCGUCGAUCGGAUUCACGUAUAGUAGUAAUACAUGGCAAUCCUCGACCUCAACCAGGCCAUGAAUAACAAUAAUACCACCGCUCCUCCUUGCCAUGCCCAUGCGGCUCCAGCUUCCGAUCAGCGCCUCCGUCAAGCAGAGUGGAAGGCCGGCGACGACGCCGACAACCCCAACCCCCGCCACCAGGCCGACGCAGAGGAGGAGGAAGAAGAAGAGGAGCUGCUCCUCAAGGGCGUGCGGCACCUGUGCGAGCGCGGCGGCAUUACGAGGCUGCCGGCCCGCUACGUCCUCCCGCCGUCCGACCGCCCAGCGCCGCCGGACCACCACCAGCGCACCAGCGGCCUGACGAUCCCCGUCAUCGACCUCGCCCGCCUCCGCUCGCCCGGCGCGGGGCGCGCGGCGGCGCUGGUGGAGCUGGACGCGGCGUGCCGGGACUACGGCUUCUUCCAGGUCGUCGGCCACGGCGUCGGCGUCGGCGGCGGGGCGAUGCUGGACGUGGCGCGGCGGUUCUUCGAGCUGCCCUUCGGCGAGCGCGCGCGCCACAUGUCCCCCGACAUCCGCGCCCCCGUGCGGUACGGCACCAGCUUCAACCAGCUCAACGACGGCGUCCUCUGCUGGCGGGACUUCCUCAAGCUCGUCUGCGACGACCUCGACGGCGUCGUCCCGUCCUGGCCGGACGCGCCCGCCGACCUCAGGGAGGUGGUGUCGGCGUACGCGCGGUCGUGCCGGCGGCUGUUCAGGGAGCUGAUGGAGGCGGCGCUGGAGGCGAUCGGGAUCGGCGGCCCCGGCGCCGGCGAGGUGCUGGCGGGCUGCGACGCCGGGUCGCAGAUGCUGAUGGUGAACUGCUUCCCGGCGUGCCCGGAGCCGGACCUCACGCUGGGGAUGCCGCCGCACUCCGACUACGGAUUCCUCACCGUCCUCCUGCAGGACCAGGUGAACGGCCUCGAGGUCCGCCACGCCGACUCGUGGGUCCUCGUCGACCCGAUCCCCGGAUCGCUCGUCGUCAACGUCGGAGACCACUUCGAGAUGUACAGCAACGGGCGUUACAAGAGCGUGCUGCACCGGGUCCGCGUGAACUCGGCGCGGUCGCGCAUCUCUGUGGCGUCGCUGCACAGCCUGCCGCCGGCGAGGGUCAUCGGGCCGGCGCCGGAGCUGGUGGACGACGACAAGAACCCGAGGAGGUACAUGGACACGGACCUCGCCACCUUUCUCGACUACCUCAGCUCGGCCGAGGGCAAGCACAAGUCCUUCCUCCAGACCAGGAGGCUCCUCACCAGCUGACCAUAUAUGCACGGGCGGGCCCAUAGGCAGCCACCCGCUUGAACCACCUGGAUUGGAUCCGUCCUAACUGUUAAGCGUAUGAUUACGUACGACGUGGGUCCCACCAGUCCGUGUCUGUCGUUUUGGUCAGCAGCAGGAGAAAAGUCAGCACGUAUAGUACCUGCGGUUGUGGACCAAGUUGACCGGUCAAACCCGUAGCCCGACUGGUCCCAUCUACUGCUGCUGCAUGCUGUCUACCCUAGCUAGCUAAGCUAUGCUACUUUAUUUUCAGCUAAAAGAAAAAAAUAUUAUCAGGAUCGAGAAGCUUUAUUUGUCUA